AUGGGUGAUCCAAACAUCAAUGAAUCUUCCAUGGUGCAUGGCACUGAGACGGUGUUCGAAGACUGCGAGAUUUUCCUUGGUGGCAAUGAGAUGGUUUAUGGCUGUGAGGCGAUUAUCAGUGACAAGAUGGGUCAUGAAGCCGAAAUGAUCCUUGAUUACAAGAUGAUCGACAUCCAUGAUAGCAAGAUGGUUCACAGCAACGAGAUUGUCCCUGGUGGUAGCAAGGUGGAUCCUGGUGGUGAGAUGGUCCCGUAUGACCAGACAGUCCUCCAUUGUAAUCAGACGGUUCAAGGUAGUGAGAUAGCUAGUGGCAAUGUUACCACUGGGGUGAAACCACCAACCUCAUCAAAACGCCGAAGAAAGACGUCCAUGGUCUGGGAGCAUUUCACUACCGAAGAUUCUGAGGGAUGCACACGAGCGUGCUGCAAGCAUUGUAACGGAAUAUUCGCAUACAGUUCUGGAUCAAAAAUGUCUGGCACUAGCCAUCUGAAGAGGCACGUUACCCAGGGUCAUUGCCCUGAGAUUAAAGUUCAAGAACCUAGAGCUGGAGGGACAGAAAAUGAUUGUCAGGGUGCUGUAGAUAAGCCUUCUAAGAGGCGCCGCCACACAUGUACUGGUUAUGCAAAUGCUCGAUUCAAUCCAGACCGCAGUAAAUCAUACCUGGCGAAGAUGAUCAUUCUGCAUGACUACCCUCUGCAAAUUGUUCAACAGCCAACCUUCAUAUCCUUUGUUGAGGGCCUGCAGCCUAGUUUCAAGGUGGUUAAUACAGAUGCAAUAGAAGCAGAGGUUUGUGCAGUUUAUCUGAAGGAAAGAGAGAGCGUGCUGAAGCAAGUUGGAAAUAUUCCUGGAAGGAUAAAUCUCACAGUACAGUCUUGGACCACUAGCCAAACUCUUGGGUAUGUUUCACUUGCAGGGCAAUUCAUUGAUUCUGAGUGGAAGCUGCACCGAAGAAUGCUCAACUUUGUGAUGGUCCCUUGGCCUGGUUGUUCAGAGAAUGCAGUUUCUGAAGCUAUCAGCAGAAGCCUUCCUCAGUGGAACAUGACUGACAAACUCUUCACCGUUACUGGAUAUUAUGAUUCCUCCUCACAUGGUAUCUACAGUUUGAAUUUGAGAGAGGAACUCUCCAGAAAGAAUAUUCCGAUGCUUCGGGGGCAAUUUUUGGUUGUGAGGUGCUAUGCCCAUAUACUGAAUGCAGCUGCAAGUGAUGUCACUGCUUCGGUUCAAAGUGUCAUCUACAAAAUCCGUGAAAGUAUAAAGUUCAUAAAAUCUUGUGUUAGCCAUGAGGAGAUGUUUGCUCACAUCAUUUUGCAACUGCAAAUUCCUAGUAAUCAGACCCUAUGUCUAGACAUUAAAGCCCAGUGGAACACCACCUAUCUUAUGCUGCUGGCAGCUCUGGAUUAUAAGCAGGCAUUCACCAUGCUGGAGAAAUGUAACGAUAACUACAAUCAAGCACCUUCGGCAGUGGACUGGGAGAAAGUCGAGGUUGCUUGCAGGUAUCUGAAGCUGUUGUAUGACUCUGCAAACAGCAUUAUGGCAACAAAAGAUCCAACUGCCAACAUAUUUUUCCAUGAGGCUUGGACAAUUCAGAGAGAGAUUUCAAAUGCCACAGAUCAUCAAGAUUCUAUUUCCAGUGCAAUCGCAAAAGGCAUGCAUGAGAUGUUUGACAAGUAUUGGAAAGAUUGCAAUGUUGUGCUGGCCAUUGCUGUUGUGAUGGAUCCCCGUUUCAAGAUGAAGAUUGUUGAGUUCAGUUACUCCAAAAUCUAUGGUCUGAUGAAGGGCGCUAAGUAUGUCAAGUUGGUGGAUGAUGAUAUACAUGAGCUCUACAAAGAGUAUGUUAGACAGCCACUUCCGUUGACGCCAGCCCAUGUUGAGCAAGAGGUCACUGGCGCUCUUCCUAACGAUAAGAACAACAUUCCAACAGAUCCUACUUCCACUGGCAAUCUAGUGUCCGGCUUCGACAUCUACCUUUCAGAGGUAGCCAUGAGCCAGAUCCCAAAGUCAGAGCUAGAUCAGUACUUGGAAGAAGCCCUGGUCCCACGCAUGCUGGAGUUUGACAUUCUGAAGUGGUGGAAGCUUAAUGCCGUCAGGUACCCAACACUCUCGAGGAUGGCCCAAGAUGUCCUUGCCAUACCCAUGUCCACGGUUGGUCGUUGGAGCUCCGUGUUCGCAGCUGGCACUGAAGCCAAGAUGCUUGACGACUACCAGAGCUCACUGCACCCUGAAACCUUGGAGGCACUGUUCUGCGCAAAAGACUGGUUACAGCAUUCCUCUCCUGCUGCUCCAUAG